AUGCUCGGUGGCAGAAGCCAGCGCCGACGACGCCACGGCAAGAGCCAGCCGCACGGACGAAGAACGUCGAUCGCCCGGAGGAGGGGCGCCGCUCGGCGGCGGCCGCGCCGUGGCUCCGUGCGCUGGUCGGGGACCGCGCGGCGUCCUCGCAGAGCGACGGCUCGGCGGUCCCUCCACGUCUACGACAUCGGCACCCUCGGCCUGUCGUCGGCGGUGAACUGCAUGCUGCGACCGCUGGGCAUGGGCGCUUUCCACUGCGGGGUGGAGGUGUAUCAGUGGGAAUGGAGCUACGCCGACACGGGCGAGGAUUCUGCGCCCGAGCAGACGGGGGUGUUUUGCUGUCCGCCCCGCGGCUGUGGAGGCCAUACGUACUGCACCUCGCAGGAGCUGGGGCGCUGCGCGAAGAGCAGGGGCGAGGUGCUGGCAUUGUGGGGCGGGGGUCACCUUUUGCCAUCCGGCCAUCGGUACGACGUACUCACAAAGAACUGCGGGCACUUCUGCGACGCCUUCUGCCGCACGCUCGGCGUGCGACCCGUGCCGGCCUGGGUCACUAGGCUGGCGGCCACGGGGAAGGCGUGCGAGGCGGGGGGCUGCUGCUGCCGCUCGGGCCCCAGCACCAGCGCCCACGACGAGAUCGACGUGCUGGUCCCUGUGGAGGCCCGGGCUUGGCACGCGCGGUCCAACGACGGCGAGCCGUCCCCGCUCUUCGCCGGCGCUUAG